UCCACUUACGAACGACACGCGCAGUGUCAGGUUAUGUGACAUUGUGCAGGACGCUCCGGCACCAGAAGCGAGUCCCGGUAAACGUCUCGACUUGGGGAGGCGGGGGAGGCAGGGGAGAAGAGGAGAAGGGGGUCGCUGCAGGAAACGCGCCGCGGCGGCUGGUUUUUACGCGGUUACCAAAUGGCUUUUGUAGCCUUCUGUCAGCUGUGCGCGCGUGCGUUGGCUUCGAACUUCUGUCCCCGUGACUGAAAUCCAGCCGAGGAGAGGACUGACGCCGCGCACACCAACGAUCACCGGGGUCGACUCGUUGGGGCCUUGAUUGAACUGCGCGUGCUUCACCUGCGUCCGUCUGGACCUCUAACUCCAAAAAGUGCCGAGCUGACAUUUUACAGGUGACCGUCCCUGCGCAUGAUGUACACAAUUACAAGAGGUCCCAGCAAACUGGUCACCCAGCGCCGGACAGGGCCUACUCAGCAACUUGACAACAAAAUAAACGACUUCAAGCACAAACAAACGUCCUGGUGUGUACCUGACCUCCCAGCACCCAAGAUCGUUUUCAGCCGUCCGAAUGGUAAGAAGUACCAUCACCCUGCUCCGGCGCUCACUGCAGACGAGCAGCAGCACGAGGAGAGCUUCACACCUGUGCACGAGGAAAACGUCAAAUUUGUGUAUGAUGCUUGGCAGGAGGUGGUGCAGCAGGAGCAGGGGCCAGAGGAGGCCCAGGGAGCAGUCCACUACGAAGAAUCCACUCCAAACCCCCACAUGGACGGCUUUGUUCCAAUCGAUCUGGAUGAGUGGUGGGCCAAAUGUUUCCUAGCAAACAUAGACAAGCUGUCCUGACACUUGUGGGAGUUGUGAAUCUUGACGGUCAGGAGUGGACACCCGAAGCAGCUUGCAGUGGAGAGGAGGCCUUGGCGGGUUACAAAUGCCUCAAUGUUGGUUUCAAAAGGAUGGACAGCGCUGGGACGCUUGAAUAAAAAACCGCCUCACUUGAACUCUUGCCUAUGAACUGCAUUGGCUCUCAAUAUUCUCCCUGCACACGGAAGGACGACUAAGUGUCAAUCUUUUCAACAAAGACAAUGUUUUUUUUGAAAUGCAGUAAAGUUGUAUUUUCAAGUU